AAUGCCAGCCCAUGAACUUCCUAGUAGGGACAUCACCUGCGAAGGCCUCAUAACAGCCAACCUCUUGCAACCUCCAAGCUGACGGCCCCGUCGGGGGGAAGAGGAACCCCUCUGCAGGAGAACUAACAGCAGGAUUCUCGUGGAAGAGGGCAGGUGACCGUCACGACCGAGCCAUGGAGACUGCUAUGUGUGUCUGUUCUCCGUGUUGCACGUGGCAGAGAUGCUGCCCACGGCUGUGCUCCUGUCUGUGCUGCAAGUUCCUGUUCACGUCAGAGCGGAACUGCACCUGCUUUCCCUGCCCUUACAAAGAUGAGCGGAACUGCCAGUUCUGCCACUGCACCUGCUCCGAGAACCCCAACUGCCACUGGUGCUGCUGCUCGUGGGCCAAUGACCCGAACUGCAAGUGCUGCUGCACGACCAGCAGCAACAUCAAGUGCUACUACUACGAGAGCCACUGCUGCCGCAAUGCCACCAUCACCUUCCAUAAGGGCCGCCUGAGGAGCAUCAGUACCUCCUCCAAGACCGCCCUGCGCUUCGGGAGCAGCGACACCCAGGUGGAUGAGUCGAAGACAAAGGCAGCGAACAGCCACCUCGUGGACCACCUCUUGUGCCCCAUGUGCAGCCGGCUGUGCCUGCACUCGUUUAUGCUGCCCUGCAACCACAGCCUGUGCGAGAAGUGCCUGCGGCAGCUGCAAAAGCACGCAGAGGUCACCGAGAACUUCUUCAUCCUCAUCUGCCCGGUGUGUGACCGCUCGCACUGCAUGCCCUACAGCCACAAGAUGCAGCUGCCGGAGAACUACCUGCGCGGGCGCCUCACCAAGCGCUACAUGCAGGAGCACGGCUACCUGAAGUGGCGCUUCGACCGCUCCUCGGGGCCCAUCCACUGCCAGGUCUGCCGCCAGCGGCACAUCGCCUACAAGCGCUGCCUCACCUGCCGACUCAACCUGUGCAACGACUGCCUCAAGACCUUCCACUCCGACGUAACCAUGCAGGACCACGUCUUCGUGGACACCAGCACCGAGGACCAGGACGAGAAAGUCUGCAUUCAACACCCGACCAGCCGCAUCACCGAGUACUGCCGCAACGACAACCAGUUGCUCUGCACCUUCUGCAAGACCGCCUUCCACAACGGCCAUGACACCAUCAGCCUCAUCGAUGCCAGCUCCGAGAGGGCCGCCGCACUCUUCAGCGCCAUCGCCAAGUUCAAAGCAGUCCGAUAUGAAAUUGAUAACGACCUCAUGGAAUUCAACAUUUUAAAAAACAGCUUUAAAGCUGACAAGGAGGUAAAGCGAAAGGAGAUCAGAAAUGGGUUUCUCAAGCUGCGUAGCAUCCUGCAGGAAAAGGAGAAAUUGAUCAUGGAGCAGAUAGAGAACCUAGAAGUGUCCAGGCAGAAGGAGAUUGAAAAAUACGUGUACGUCACAUCCACAAAAGUGAACGAAAUGGACGGCCUGAUUGCCUACUCCAAGGAGGCACUGAAGGAGACAGGCCAGGUGGCGUUCCUGCAGUCUGCCAAGAUUCUGGUGGAACAGAUUGAGGACGGCAUCCAGACCACCUACAGGCCCGACCCACAGCUCCGGCUACACUCCUUGCACUGCAUGCCCUUGGAUUUCGCAGAGCUCUCCAGUGCCAUCCAUGAGCUCUUCCCCACGGGACCCAAGAAGGUCUGCUCCUCAGGGGACUCCUUGCCUGGCCCCUAUCCCGUGCACCCAGAAAUGAUGACUGCCAGAAAGGUCACUUUCAGCACCCACAGCUUCAGCAACCAUGAGGUAUACCAGCGAAGCUCCUCCUUGUUUUCCUUCAAUACCAAUGGCAGCGAGAAGGCCAAGAUAGGCCUAGAGGCCUAUGGGCGAACCCAGUCGGCCACACCUGCCAAACCCACAGACGGCCUCUACACCUACUGGAGCACCGGCGCAGAAAGCCAACCGGUGAAGAACAGCAGCAGCUUCCACAACUGGUACUCGUUCAAUGACGGCUCUGUGAAGACCCCAGGUCCAAUCGUUAUCUACCAGACUCUGGUGUAUCCCAGAGCUGCCAAGGUUUACUGGACAUGCCCAACAGAAGACGUGGACGCUUUCGAGAUGGAAUUCUAUGAACUCGUUACUUCCCCUCCUAACAAUGUGCGGACAGAGCUCUGUGGACAAAUUCGGGACAUAAUGCAGCAGAGUCUGGAGCUGCACAACCUGACGCCCAACACCGAGUAUCUGUUUAAAGUCAGAGCCGUCAACGAUAGUGGUCCUGGACAAUGGAGUGACAUCUGCAAGGUGGUCACCCCAGAUGGGCAUGGGAAGAACCGAGCUAAGUGGGGCCUGCUGAAGAAUAUCCAGUCUGCCCUCCAGAAGCGCUUCUGAGCCCUCCUUCCACGCCGGGCAGAGCAGGCAGCAACCUCAGAGACGCACCACAAAAUAGACCUAUAUACACACACACAUAUGUAUAUGUAUUUUUCUCACCACAUUCUUCAGUGAGGUUGCAGAUGUUCCUGAGACUUCUGAGCUGUUUCAUCAGGAGUCUUCUAAGAGCUAAUAAAAGGAUACGCCU